CGACCCACUCAGCAGGAGAGAGAGAAGGGGGCGGAGGAGGAGAAGAGACACCGGAAACUGACGUCGCCUUCGGCGGCCUGCUAAAUAAAAUCCCACCCCGCCCUCGCCUCCUGCUCCCUCUCCUCUCUCCUUCCCUCCCUCCACCCGAAUCGCACGGGGACUGCUCAGGGGGACGGCGGAAUUCGGGCAGGCGGGGAGGUGUGGCCGGGGGAAGUGCAUGUGAGAUCCCGAUGGCUGCAGCGGCUGCCGGCGGCGGCGGCGGAGGGGGAGGUCCGGAAGCAGCAGGCGGCGGCGGCGGCGGAGGGAAGGACGCGCUUUUCGUGGAGCUCUGGAAGGCCUGCGCGGGGCCGCUCUCCAGCGUCCCGCCGCUCGGGGAGAAGGUCUACUACUUCCCGCAGGGGCACAUCGAGCAGGUGGAGGCAUCGACGAACCAGCUCGCCGAGCAGCAGGGCACGCCGCUCUACAACCUGCCAUGGAAGAUCCCCUGCAAGCUCAUGAACAUAGAGCUGAAGGCUGAGCCGGAUACUGAUGAGGUGUAUGCCCAGCUCACCCUGCUCCCUGAUAAGAAGCGAGAUGAGAAUACCACUACAACAGUGGAGAGUGAUGACCCAGAGGAGGAGGAGGUGCCUAAUGCGCCGCCAGCCACCAAUGAGCAGCUUCGCAUCCAUUCCUUCUGCAAGACACUAACUGCCUCAGACACAAGCACACAUGGUGGAUUCUCGGUGUUGCGCCGGCAUGCGGAUGAGUGCCUCCCUCCCCUGGUUAGGACCUUGGAACCUUUGACUCAUGUUUUUAUUGUUGGUCUAAUGAUAGUGAUCCCUUUGAUGUUGCUCCUUGACCAGGAUAUGAGUCAGCAUCCCCCAAAUCAAGAGCUAGUAGCCAAGGACCUGCAUGGGGUUGAGUGGCGCUUUCGUCACAUCUUUCGAGGUCAGCCACGGAGGCACCUUCUUCAGAGUGGUUGGAGUGUUUUUGUUAGUGCCAAGCGUCUCGUUGCUGGGGAUGCCUUCAUAUUUCUCAGAGGUGAGAAUGGGGAGCUACGUGUUGGAGUUAGGCGGGCAUUGAGGCACCAAACCACUAUCCCAUCUUCAGUCAUAUCAAGCCACAGUAUGCAUCUUGGUGUUCUUGCAACAGCAUGGCAUGCAGUGAACACUGGGAGUAUGUUCACUAUCUACUACAAGCCAAGGACUAGUCCAGCCGAAUUCAUGGUCUCGCGUGAUAAGUACUAUGAAUCACUGAAACGAAAUUAUUCAAUAGGGAUGAGAUUCAAGAUGAGAUUUGAAGGCGAAGAGGCAGCAGAGCAGAAAUUCACUGGAACAAUAGUUGGGAUAGGUGCUUCUGAUCCAUCUGGCUGGGCUGACUCGAAAUGGCGUUCCCUUAAGGUGAGAUGGGAUGAAGCUUCUUCCGUUCCUCGUCCGGAAAGAGUUUCUGCUUGGCAAAUAGAACCUGCUGUUAGCCCAUCUCCUGUGAACCCUCUUCCACCCAGAUUCAAGAGGUCUCGUUCAAAUGUUAAUGCUUCGCCACCUAUCAUGCCAAAUGUAACCAGAGAAGUUGCUUCUAAAGUAAUGCCGGACUCUCAACAAAAUAGUCUCCCAAGGGCCAUGCACAGUCAAGGAAGGACACAAUUGACUAGUCAAUACCGUGAUAGCAGUGAUCUGAAGUCUGCUCAGGAUCUCACCAUGUGGUCUAAAGGGAUUGAGCAGGAGAGAAACAAUAUUAGUGCCCAGACAAAGCUAAGUCUGGAGGGUUGGACACAAACAAGAAGACCUGAAGGUUACAAUCAGCCGUUAUCAGCAUUUCAACCACUGAAAGAUGCGCAGAAUCCACUUUGUUCUUUUCCUAGUCAAUUAUCUGGAAACCGCUCAAGGAACUGGGACACAAUUGAUUCUCAUUAUCCAGUCCAACAAGCCAACCACAACAUGUCACCUGGAACCUUGUCUUUAAUGCCUCAUAACAAUGGUUUUAGGAUGGAUCAACAAAUGAAUCUAUCAAUGCCAGGAGCUCCACAUCCUCAAAGGGCUGAAAUUGCAAAAUUUAGUGGUAAAUCGGCUUUCACCCCUCUUCAGGGCCAUGGCAUUGAUCAGUGCUCCUCAGACUGGUUUGGGCAUAUCAAGCCCCAGCCUUUGGUUAUUGAGAAUGAUGGACAGAAAACCAAAGGCACUUCAUUCAAGCUAUUUGGGUUUCCUCUUGGCAGCCUGGAAAAAUCUGAACCUCUGGUAUCUCCACCAAGUGUCGCAUAUGACGGGAAGCAAACAUCUCCAUCAGAAAGGAAUCAGCUUGGCAUAAUUGAGGUGCAUAAGCAAGGCAGUGCCCUCGGCAGGUCGAUUGAUCUGACAACGUUCACUUGCUACGAUGAACUGAUUGCUGAACUGGACCAGAUGUUUGACUUUGAUGGUGAGCUGAGCAGUCCUCAAAAGAACUGGUUGGUCGUCUACACUGACAAUGAAGGUGACAUGAUGCUUGUUGGUGAUGAUCCCUGGAAUGAGUUCUGCAACAUGGUCCACAAGAUCUCCAUCUACACAAGGGAGGAGGUGGAAAAGAUGAACCCGGGCGCCCUGAACUCAAGGCCUGAAGAUAGUCUGUCCGACUCGCUGGGGAGAGGAUUGGGUUCCAAGGAGGCUCCAGGUGGGCCAUCCACUUCGUACCUCAACUCCGAGAACCACUAAUCUGUCCGGUUAGCGAGGUCUUGUGCGGUGGCAAGGGAGACAUGACCAGAAGCUGGAGAAAGAGACGGCUUGUAGUGGUUUUGUAGGUGAUUUGUGUGUAUGGUUCCGGGUGAGUACCCAGUUUGUAGAUGGUGCUUGCCCUGGUGUCGGUCUCUAGUACAAGUUUUCUGGUGUGCCCUGUGUUGGCACCAAGUAAGUUAUUGUAGCAGAGCCGCAGAAAGCAGGCAAACAAACCAACCCCCAGCGCGCUUGCUAAGUGGAGCCUUGUAAAUAGUCUUGCUCUGAAAAGCGUCGUCCUAGUGUGCUGUCGACUGCGUUAACUGACAUGGCACCUGAAGAAGGCGAGUUGGCUCCUGGU